AUGUCGUUGGCCUCACAGGUCUCUGACAGCAAGUGUAGCAGCCGCUGUGUUCUUUGCUAUAUCAUGUGUCUGGCAUUCCCCAUCGGCACCUGCUACUUCUGCCGGUACGAGGACUCUCAGGAUGAGCAGCCCAAGAUCUCCAUCGACGAAGUCCACAAGAUGUACGACGACGUAACUGCGGUCACCCUGCCUGACCAUCUCUGCGAGAUGCUCCAGGGCAACUACAAGGCCGACACUAUGCCCAUUUGCACCAUCGACCUCUCACACUCCGAGAACUUUCUCCAGCACGUCACGGGCAUCGACACCCCGGAGCAGCUAUGCACCCAGGUUCAUGGCAGCUUUGUCAACGGCAAUUGCACUCUCAACUUGUCUCAGGCUGGCCAGGCCACACUCGACGUCAAGCAGGCGGCUUGCGCCUCGCUUGAUGGACAGUGGGCCGACAACCACUGCGCCUUGCUUGGUUAG